CGCCUCGCUCCCACAGUAGCCGCGCUCUCCCCGCUCGCGCCGGAGCGCCCCGCUCCGCUCCUCCUGCUCCCGCAGCCCGGCACCGCCGCAGCAUGGCGCAGCCCGCGGCCGCCCUCGGGGCCGCCCUCCUGCUAGUCCUGCUGGCCACAGACUCCUCGCCGACCGUGCUGCUGAGCGCCCCGGAGGCUGCCCAGUUCUUGCGGCAGAGGCAGCGCCGAGCCUACCAGAUCUUCGAGGAGACCAAGCAAGGUCACCUGGAGCGGGAGUGCGUAGAGGAGCUGUGCAACAAGGAAGAAGCCAGGGAAGUGUUUGAAAACGACCCCGAGACGGACUAUUUUUACCCGAAAUACUUGGCUUGUAUUGAGAAAUUUGGGUCACCGUAUACAAGAAGUCCAGAUUUCCUUACAUGCGUUCAUAAUUUACCAAAUCAGUGUUCUCCUUACCCUUGCCAGAAAGAGGGGACUGAAAUAUGUGAAGAUCUAAAGGGUGACUUCUUUUGUCAUUGCAGACGUGGCUGGCGUGGGCGAAAAUGUGAACAAGAUAUAAAUGAAUGCAGUGUGCAGAAUGGUGGCUGUAACCAAGUCUGUCUCAACAACCCAGGCAGUUACCGCUGUUCAUGCUAUAGUGGCUAUGCUCUCAAAAACGAUAAAAUAUGUGAAGACAUAGAUGAAUGCACAGUAUCAACAGGCAUCUGUGGAGAAGCUCGUUGUAAAAAUUUAAUAAGCUCGUAUGCAUGUCUGUGUGAUACAGGCUACAAAUAUGAUAACUUAAGCAAGUCUUGUCUAGAUGUGAAUGAAUGUGAAGAGAAACUUUGUGAGCAAACCUGUGUCAAUUCACCAGGGAGUUACACCUGUCACUGUGAUGGCAAAGGGAGAGUUAAGCUUUCCCAGGACAUGAACACCUGUGAGGAUAUUAUACCUUGUGUGUCUUUUGCUGUUGCGAAAAGUGUUAAAUCUCUGUACCUGGGGAGAAUGUUCAGUGGUACACCUAUUAUCAGACUACGCUUUAAAAGGAAACAGCCCACAAGACUUGUGGCUGAAUUCGACUUUAGAACCUUUGAUCCUGAAGGUAUCCUUUUCUUUGCUGGAGGCCAUCAAGACAGCACAUGGAUAGUCUUAGCUUUGCGCAACGGACGGUUAGAAUUGCAGUUGAAGUACAAUGGAAUAGGCCGUGUGACCAGCAGUGGGCCAGUUAUCAACCAUGGCAUGUGGCAAACUAUCUCUGUUGAAGAACUGGAGAGAAGUUUGUUUAUAAAGGUCAACAAGGAUGCAGUUAUGAAAAUAGCUGUUGCAGGAGAUCUGUUUACUUUGGACAAAGGACUGUAUCAGCUGAACUUAACAGUAGGAGGCAUUCCUUUUAAAACUAAAGACCUUAUUCAGCCUAUAAACCCUCGGCUGGAUGGUUGUAUGCGGGGAUGGAACUGGUUGAAUGGCGAAGAUACUACUAUCCAAGAAACAAUAAAGCUGAAUGACAAGAUGCAGUGCUUCUCAGUGGCAGGACGAGGAUCCUUUUAUCCUGGCAGUGGUUUUGCUAUAUUUAAUUUCAAUUAUAUGCAACCAUCUGCUGGAAAUGAAACUGAAAGGAAUUGGGAAGUAGAAGUAAACACUGUAAUUCGGCCAGCAGCAGAUACCGGGGUACUGUUUGCUCUGGUUGGUGAAGAAGCUUCAGUCCCUUUAUCAUUGGCUCUGAUUGACUAUCAUUCCACAAAGAAACUUAAGCAACAGUUCAUUAUCUUGGCCAUGGAGAGCACAGUUGUGUCCAGACUGGCAAUAAACGUUUGUGAUGAUCAGGAACACUCUGUGAACAUCUUCAUCAGCAAGGGGCAGUUAUCGCUCACCGUGGAUGGGACUGCAGGACAGAGUGAAUUAAGCCAUUCCCAGCUACAGGACAGUCUGUUUCUCUUGGAGGGCUACCUGCAGUCAUCUGUGAAGACAUAUGUGGGAGGACUGCCAGAUGUUCCUGUCACUUCGACUCCAGUCACUGCAUUCUACCAUGGCUGCAUGACUGUGAAGAUGAAUAAUAAGGCACUGGACUUAGAUGAGGCUUUUUACAAGCACAGUGACAUCACAUCACAUUCUUGUCCUCCAACUGAGACUGGUCAAUAGGUCUUUUCCUACAUCAGUAUCUCAUCCUUCCAACUUGAAGUAGCUCUAAAGAAAACAGCACAAGCUUGGAAGACAUCUGACACUUCCUACUAAUUGGAGGAACAAAACCGAUUUUAAGCUUUGUUCUUUUCAAAGAGCACCUGCUAGCAAAAUAGUUUCACCUCUAGCAUUUGUGUUAUUUCUGCAGUACUUCCCAAACAAAUAGCUGUGUGGCAUGUAUGAGUCACAAAUCUGUGUGACCUUUAUUAAUGCCAAUGGUUAUAUUUAUAGUGCCAGAAUUAUCUUGGAUACUGGAAAUAAGAAUUUUGUGGUAUGAGGUGGUGCUGUGCAAUUCCACACUCAAUAUUACGUGAAAGAGGUUAUAACAGUGUACUGUGCUUAAAAAAAGUUAAUUGAAAUAAUUGACAUACAUGGGAAAUGCAUCAUUUUGAUGCAAAAAUUGCUCCAAUUAUUUGUGUGUGUAACGACUUUAUAUAC